ACUCGUCGUGCCCAUCUUCGGUAACGGCGGCACGAGACCCACCUACGAUAUAUCUGCGAGUGUCAGAGCUUCCAGAGCUCAUCCGCAUCUCAGACGCGAGUUUGUUCACUUCUUACCCUCUUUCUACGAUAAAUAAACAAGCUUCAAGAUGUGUGACGAUGAUGUAGCGGCUUUGGUUGUGGACAAUGGAUCCGGUAUGUGCAAGGCCGGUUUCGCCGGAGACGAUGCUCCACGAGCUGUCUUCCCCAGCAUUGUUGGUCGCCCAAGACAUCAGGGUGUGAUGGUGGGUAUGGGUCAAAAAGACUCGUACGUCGGUGAUGAAGCCCAGAGCAAGAGAGGUAUCCUCACCUUGAAAUACCCGAUCGAGCACGGUAUCAUCACCAACUGGGAUGACAUGGAGAAGAUCUGGCAUCACACUUUCUACAAUGAACUCCGUGUCGCCCCGGAAGAACACCCAGUUCUUCUCACUGAGGCUCCACUCAACCCAAAGGCCAACCGUGAAAAGAUGACCCAGAUCAUGUUUGAAACCUUCAACAGCCCAGCCAUGUACGUCGCCAUCCAGGCUGUGCUUUCUCUGUACGCUUCUGGUCGUACCACCGGUAUUGUGUUGGACUCUGGUGAUGGUGUCUCUCACACAGUACCAAUCUACGAAGGUUACGCUCUUCCCCAUGCCAUCCUCCGUUUGGACUUGGCUGGUCGCGACUUGACCGACUACCUCAUGAAGAUCCUCACCGAGAGAGGAUACUCCUUCACCACCACCGCCGAGCGAGAAAUCGUUCGUGACAUCAAGGAGAAACUCUGCUACGUCGCCCUGGACUUUGAGCAGGAAAUGGCCACCGCAGCGGCCUCCACCUCCCUCGAGAAGAGCUACGAGCUUCCCGACGGUCAAGUCAUCACCAUCGGUAACGAGAGGUUCCGUUGUCCCGAGGCCCUCUUCCAGCCGUCCUUCUUGGGUAUGGAAUCUUGCGGAAUCCACGAGACCGUCUACAACUCCAUCAUGAAGUGUGACGUCGACAUCCGUAAAGACUUGUACGCCAACAACGUCCUCUCCGGAGGUACCACCAUGUACCCAGGUAUUGCUGACCGUAUGCAGAAAGAAAUCACCGCCCUCGCCCCAUCAACCAUCAAGAUCAAGAUCAUCGCACCCCCUGAGAGGAAAUACUCCGUAUGGAUCGGAGGUUCCAUCCUCGCCUCUCUGUCCACCUUCCAACAGAUGUGGAUCUCCAAGCAAGAAUACGACGAAUCCGGUCCCGGAAUCGUCCACCGCAAGUGCUUCUAAGAUGUUUAAUCUCCAUACCAUCUCAACAGUCCAUCGGGCUCACGGACAAUAACAAUCUACAAACCAAAGUACUACCGUCCGAUGGCAUUGUAAUCACAAUAGACCUCGUCCAAUGUCAACGAUCCACUCGUCAGCCCACGUACAAUCAUAAAGAUAUCAUCUCACCAUCCUGAGUCAUCGUAUUGCCAGCAAUCACCUUCCUCCAACAUCUCUCCAAUUAUCCUUACCUUCAACCUUGUGUCCGCGUCUCGUUCUCAUGCGUUUCAUGCUCCGCGCGCCACAGCGAGCAUUGGGCCCGAACGACCUCCACAACACUUAGUAUUUGAAGGGCGAGUACACGGACACCUAGUCAAAUCGAGGACGGCGAACAGAAGCCUGCGUUUUCCGUCACAGCGCAGUACCACAGUCUAGUCCGCUCACCUCCACCUCCCGACGUUGCACCCUUGUAUCUCUUGCUCUUAUCAUCCACCUCCAGGACGUCCUCUUCAGUCGCUCCAGUCACCCAGGAAUCCGGGACAUAUUUCGUCGACCCAACAACUAUCACGAAACGGCUCACCUGGGUCCACCCCGCGACUUUUAAAAAACCUAUCAAGAAAUUCCAAAGGCGCAUCGUCUCUCCCCGACUUUUGGUACCGCGGCGCUUCUUAUCUGUAACGCAAGACACUUCCACCUGUUCUUCGUCUGAUCUUGGAAUACAAUACUCGACCAAAAAUUAUAUCUCUAAGAAUCUAUAUCUUAAAAUAAUGAAUUAACCAUCACUCUGUACAACUAUUAAAUCUCUUAUAAUACUA